GGUUCGUGUGUAUAAAAUACAAAAAACCAGCAAAAUGGUUUCGACGAAAUCUAACGUCGAAGAACUGCAGGAGUACUUUAAAACGCAUAACAAAACUCGCGAAGCUACGAAAGCCCAUACCGCCAAAGUACAUUCGGUUGGUUGGAACUGCGACGGACGCCGGCUGGCGUCUGGCUCGUUCGAUAAAUCGGUGGUCAUAUUCACUCUCGACCGCGAACGAUUGAACAAAGAAAGCACUUACCGCGGACACACCGGAUCAGUGGACCAGCUUUGUUGGCACGCUUCGCUUCCGGAUCUGCUUAGUACGGCCAGCGGUGAUAAAACGGUGCGAAUCUGGGAUGCUCGGAUCGGGAAGUGUGCCACUAUCAUCAACACAAAAGGUGAGAAUAUCAAUAUUACAUGGUCCCCGGAUGGCAACACGAUUGCCGUUGGAAACAAGGAAGACUUGGUGACGUUCAUCGAUGCAAGGAUGUACAAGAUUUUGGCGGAGGAACAAUUUUCGUUCGAGGUGAACGAAAUUGCCUGGAGCAAUGGCAGUGAUUUAUUCUUCCUGACGAAUGGACAGGGAUGUGUUCAUAUUCUGAAUUACCCGGAUCUCAAUCUGCAACAGGUGCUUAAGGCGCACCCAAGUACUUGUAUUUGCAUCGAGUUUGAUCCCACGGGGAAGUAUUUUGCUACUGGUUCGGCUGACGCGUUGGUAUCUUUAUGGGAUGCUGAAGAACUUGCCUGCUUGAGGGUGUUCUCGCGUUUGGAUUGGCCUGUGAGAACGAUUUCUUUCAGUCACGACGGCCGAUUGCUGGCCUCUGCGAGUGAAGAUCUCAUCAUCGACAUUGGAGACACCGAGACGGGGGAAAAGGUUGCGGACAUUUCGGUUGAUGCGGCCACAUUCACGGUCGCAUGGCAUCCGAAGCAGUACAUGUUGGCAUAUGCUUGCGACGAUAAGGAUACCAACGACCGACGAAGGGACGCCGGAAGUCUAAAAGUUUGGGGUUUUACAGAGUAACAGAUGUAUUUGUAUUCUAGUAUAAGGAACUAGCCGGUAAUAUAAACAGGACUUGAGCUAAGCCCAGGUCUCCUCCUGGUAACGUU